UUCUUGAGUUCAUAAUUGAUAUCAGUAUUAUUUGAUUAUUAUAUGGAUUUUAUAUUUUAUUUAUAUGAAUCUUGUUUGAAUAUUGAGAUUAUGAGUACAACGACUAGAGAUGACGAAGAAGAUAAAGCCUUCUGGUCGCCCAAGGAGUGUGGGUGAUGUUGAGAAUGAUGUUGAUACUAAGAUUUCGAAUGGUAGAGCAAAGUCAUUGGGUGAACUUCUGGAGGGAUUAUUUCAGAAAAGGAGAUAAAAAGGGAGAGUGCACUGUCUUGGAUUAUGGAGGGAUUUACCAUCAACUACCAACUACAGUUUGCUCAAAAAAAUUUUGCUACUCUACUUUACCGAUGCCUAAAUUCUUUUAAAAAGGGAUCUUCCAAGGAGAUUGGCUUAGCCUCUCAUGCCCUUGGCUUGUUGGCAGUAACCAUUGGUUGUGGUGCAAAUGCUCAUGAACUAUAUAGAGAGGCAAUUCAUCCUCUUUCAAAAGCUUUCAAAUCAGCCCCCGAUACAGUCAUUCAAUCUAUCUUGGAAUGUUUGGCUAUUGUCACCUUUGUUGGUCGAAGUAAUGUGGAGGAGACUGAAAAAGCAGUGAAAAUUAUUUUGGGCUUCAUUCAUUCACAAUCGGGCUUCAAGGGGAUUGCAAGAAAACAUUCAGCCGCCGUUCUAACUUCUGCAAUAUCCGCUUGGUCGUUUCUUCUCACAAGCAUAGAUGGUUGGAACCUUAGUUACAAUCACUAGCAAGGGUAAAAUAGACCAUCAUGAAUAUUCAUCCGCAUACAAUACAGACGAAACUCUUCUCUUUUGUGAUUGUUAGAUAGCAUAAGCUUAAUUUGUUCUGCAUUUGUUAUAUUGUUACUAUUUACACUCAAAAAUUGUUCAUUGGGUUUUGCUCAAGAUUUAAUUUUCGAAUUGGUUUUUUUUCCCAUGUAUGCUUGAUGGAUGUUGAAUCAACCAUGAAUAUUGUUAACUGACGUAUUUUUUCAAAUGUUUGAAUUAUUAUGUU